AUGGCGCUGCUCUCGACUCUCCCUUCUCUGGCUUGUUUACUUCUGCUGGCAAUGGCCCUCCGGCCAUCCUCCGGCGGUGGUUCUCACGACUACGGCGAGGCACUGAGCAAGAGCAUACUCUUCUUCGAGGGGCAGCGAUCGGGGCAGCUCCCCGCUGACCAGAGGCUCAAAUGGCGGGGAGAUUCGGGCCUCUCCGACGGGGCGGAGGCCGGUGUUGACCUCGUCGGCGGCUACUACGACGCCGGCGACAACGUCAAGUUCGGCUUCCCCAUGGCCUUCACCGCCACCAUGCUCGCCUGGAGCGUGGUGGAGUUUGGCGGCAUCAUGCCGCCGGAGGACCUCCGCCACUCCCUGACGGCGCUCCGCUGGGCCACCGACUACCUCCUCAAGACCAUCGCCCACCCCGACAGGGUGUACGUCCAGGUAAUGACGGUCCACAUUGCUUUCUGCCUCUCUCUCUCUCCUCCUCCUCCUCUCUUCGGGUUGAGUUAAAAUUUGCAGCUUUACUGUGCUCGUAGCAUUAACUGGUUUAGGGAUCAGGAAAAAAGGUGACUUGAUUGGUGUGGAAGGGAGAAUCAUGGGUGUCUGUCUGAUCAGAGCCUGACGAUCCUCUGACUCUCCCUGGGGCGGUGUUGUAGUACAUGAUUGAUCUACCGUGGAUUCUAGUCAAUAUUUGCCACUUCCUCAGUCAACGAUGAUGGGGAGCUUCCACGAGAACGGAGCUGAUGGACUGAUGUAGCGUAAUGUAGAGAGAGAAACCUUAGUUGCGUUAGCUCCGAUGUGAUUGAUAUCAUUAAGUAACAAUGGGCGUCAAAGUAGGAUAGAUUCAGAGCUCGGAUCGAUUUUGUUGCAGGUGGGAGACCCGCUGAAGGACCACAACUGCUGGGAGAGGCCGGAGGAUAUGGACACGCCGCGCACGGUGUACAGCGUCACGCCCGACAGGCCGGGCUCGGAGGUCGCCGGCGAGACGGCGGCGGCGCUGGCGGCGGCGUCGAUGGCCUUCCGAGAGGCGGACGCCACCUACGCCGAACGGCUGCUGCGGGGAGCAACGACGACGUUCGAGUUCGCGGACAGCUACAAGGGCGCCUACAGCGACGACACAGGGCUGAAGGCCGGCGUCUGCCCCUUCUACUGCGAUUUCGACGGCUACCAGGACGAGCUCCUGUGGUCGGCGGCGUGGCUCCGGCGAGCUUCCGCGAACGUCUCCUUCCUCAGCUACAUCCAGAACAACGGCAAGACCCUCGGCGCCGACGACAACAUCAACGAGUUCGGCUGGGACAACAAGCACGCCGGCAUCAACGUCCUCAUCUCCAAGGUUCUCUCCUCUCUCCCUCUCUCUCUCUCUCUCUCUCUCUCUCUCUCUCUCGCGCGCGCGCGCGCUAUCUACCUCUAUGAGAGAAAGGGGAUCCUGAGGAAACGUCGUUAAUGGUGGCGACACGAGGAUGGCAUUAAUGGCGGGAGGAGGUGACUGGUCCCUGUCAUUGUGGGGUGUUGGCUCAGGAAUUCCUGGAGGGGGAGGUGCUGUGGCUGCAGUCCUACAAGCAGUCGGCCGACAGCUUCAUGUGCACGCUGGUUCCGGAGUCGUCCUCCCCCCACAUCGAGUUCACCCCUGGAGGGCUCAUCUACAAGCCCGGCGGCAGCAACAUGCAGCACGUAACCUCCAUAGCCUUCCUCCUCCUCGCCUAUGCCGACUACCUCGCCCGCUCCUCCCGCACCGUCGACUGCGGCGGCGUCGCCGUCGAUCCCUCCUCCCUCCGCCGCCUCGCCAAGCAACAGGUGCUCAUCCUCUAAUUUCUUUCAACGCUCAUGGCGGUGGCUCCUUCUUCCUCCUUCCCCCCGUUGAUCAUGGCUGUGGUUUGCAGGUGGACUACCUGCUGGGGGACAAUCCCAUGGGGAUGUCCUACAUGGUGGGGUACGGGGAGAGCUACCCGCAGAGGAUCCACCACCGGGGGUCGUCACUGCCGGCGAAGGCCGACCGGCCGGAGCAGAUCGGCUGCAAGGAAGGGUCACCCUACUUUAACUCGCAGGCCCCCAACCCAAACAUUCUGGUCGGUGCCGUCGUCGGUGGCCCCGGGGAGGACGACGCCUACGGCGACGACCGGCCAGACUUCCGUAAGUCAGAGCCCACAACUUACAUCAACGCUCCCCUCGUCGGAGUCCUCGCCUACUUCGCUGCGAACCCUAGCUAG